AUGACAACUGUAAACAGUACAUUUACGCAAGAGUGUGAAACUGAACAAGAUUUAAGACCCGGAGAAAUGAGUGUUAACGAGUCAUUUAUUGAAAAUGAAUCACCUCCUCCAUAUAUAACAUUUCGGAAAGGCGUGCGUAGCGUGAUUCCUGCAAUUUCCGAUCUACAACAAGAAUUUAAAACUCUUCAAAGCAGUUUACUUAACAGGCUUGAUUCCUGGUUCUCAAAACAAGAAACAAAAUUUAAUACCCUUCUUAAUGACUUCGACGAAAUUAAAACCACGCUGAAAUUUAUCAGUGACAAAUACGAUGAUUUAGACAAAAGAACUCAUGAUGUCAGCAAGCGCGUAUCUAGAAUAGAACAGCAGCUGAAAUCCACACCGGUCUUCGAAGCACGUAUCUCUGAAUUAGAAACUAAACUGGCUGAAUUUGAACAAAAAUCUCGAAAUUGUAAUAUUGAGAUAAGUAAUCUGCCUGAAAAACGAAGCGAGAACUUAAUACAAAUAUUGGAGAAUAUUGCUAAAGUCAUAAAGCAACCAAUUUCUACUAAAGACAUAGUUACAAUUCAUCGUGUACCUCAUAUGAACCCUAAGAUUUCACGCCCGAAGAAUGUAAUUGUAAAAUUUUUCAAUCAAGCAACGCGUGACAACUUUGUUUCUGCAGCAAGACUAUCAAAAGGAAUCACAACAGAGCAAAUAAAUAUGCAUGGAGCCGUUCAAAAUAUAUAUAUCAAUGAGCACUUAACUAUUCAAAGUAAGAAUUUGUUUCGUCAAACUCGUGAAGCAGCAAAACAGAACGGAUAUAGAUUUGUGUGGAUCAAGCGCGGAACUGUACUGGUUCGUGCAAGCGAAACAUCUGCUAUUUUUGCUAUACGAAGGGAACAAGAUAUAUUAUCGAAAAUUAAACCAAAGGAUACCAAAUGA